GGAAACCUCCCGCAGGUCAACUCCGUGCGUGGAGAAUAAGGACUCCCUAUACACCUUGGCAUACCUGUGCUGGGGGAAAAGAAACACUUAUGCAUGGAGACUUGGAUCGUCUGGCUAAUAAACAAACAUGAGUCAUCUGAAGUUGUUUGCAGCUGUGCUGAAGAGGCAUGGCUUUAAACUUUUGGAAAAGCAGGAUAUAGCGAGAGGGGCAUUUUUACAUGGCCAACGGUAUGUUUCAUCAGGAACCUCACAGCCAUUCCUGAGUGGGAGUAAUUCCAAUUACAUGGAGGAAAUGUACCAUGCAUGGCUUGAAAACCCUAAAAGCGUACAUAAGUCCUGGGAUGUGUUUUUCCGAAGUGCUAACACUGGCCAAGCAACCCAUCUACCAGCUCAGCUGGAAGGAAAGGGAUCAUUUCUGCAGAGUCACGGCCUGGCCCCAGCACCAGGGACGGCUGAAAAGGUUGUUGAAGAUCACCUUGCCGUGCAGUCAUUGAUAAGAGCAUACCAAAUCCGUGGCCAUCAUGUGGCUCAGCUAGAUCCCCUUGGAAUUCUGGAUGCAGAUUUGGAUUCAUUUAUUCCAUCUGACCUUAUUACCACAAUCGAUAAACUUGGGUUUUAUGGUUUGCAUGAAUCAGAUUUGGACAAAGUCUUUCAGCUGCCGACAACCACCUUCAUAGGAGGAAAUGAGAACAGUCUUUCUUUGAGAGAGAUCAUCAAACGCCUGGAGCAUACCUACUGCCAACACAUUGGCCUGGAGUUUAUGUUCAUCAACGAUGUGGAGCAGUGCCAGUGGAUCCGUCAGAAGUUUGAGACACCGGGAAUCAUGAAGUUCUCGAACGAGGAUAAAAGGACUUUGCUGGCAAGGCUGGUGCGCUCUAUGAGAUUUGAAGACUUCCUUGCUCGCAAGUGGUCUUCUGAAAAGAGAUUUGGUUUGGAAGGAUGUGAAGUAAUGAUUCCAGCACUUAAGACUAUCAUUGAUAAAUCCAGUGAAAUGGGAAUUGAAUAUGUUAUAAUGGGAAUGCCUCACAGAGGUCGGCUGAAUGUAUUGGCUAAUGUAAUCCGAAAAGAGCUGGAGCAGAUCUUCUGUCAGUUUGAUCCCAAACUUGAAGCAGCUGAUGAGGGAUCUGGGGAUGUAAAAUACCACCUGGGAAUGUACCAUGAGAGGAUCAAUCGAAAAACAAACAAGAAAAUCACUCUGUCCCUGAUGGCUAACCCUUCUCACUUGGAAGCAGUUGAUCCUGUUGUGCAAGGCAAGACAAAAGCUGAACAGUUUUAUCGAGGGGAUACGGCAGGGAAAAAGGUUAUGUCCAUAUUAUUACAUGGGGAUGCUGCCUUUGCAGGACAAGGAGUGGUUUAUGAGACAUUUCAUCUUAGUGACCUCCCAUCUUACACUACAAAUGGCACUAUCCAUGUUGUGGUCAACAACCAGAUUGGCUUCACCACAGACCCCCGUAUGGCCCGUUCAUCUCCAUAUCCCACUGAUGUUGCUCGUGUGGUCAAUGCUCCCAUUUUCCACGUGAAUGCUGAUGACCCUGAAGCAGUGAUGUACGUGUGCAACGUAGCUGCAGAGUGGAGAAACACUUUCAAUAAGGAUGUGGUUGUUGACUUGGUUUGUUACCGUAGGAGAGGGCACAAUGAAAUGGAUGAGCCCAUGUUCACCCAGCCUCUGAUGUACAAGCAGAUCCAUAAGCAGGUGCCGGUGCUGAAGAAAUAUGCUGACAAACUGAUUGCAGAUGGGACUGUGACGCUGCAGGAGUUUGAGGAAGAAAUUGCAAAGUAUGAUAGAAUAUGUGAAGAAGCAUAUACUAGAUCUAAAGAUAAUAAGAUCCUGCAUAUCAAGCACUGGCUGGAUUCACCUUGGCCUGGCUUCUUUAACGUGGAUGGAGAGCCCAAGAGCAUGUCUUGUCCUCCAACAGGCAUUUCAGAAGAGCUACUGACUCACAUUGGCAAUGUCGCUAGUUCAGUGCCAGUCAAAGACUUCAAAAUACACUCAGGACUCUCUCGGAUUUUGAAAGCCCGCUUGGAAAUGACCAACAACAGGCUUGUUGACUGGGCCUUAGCAGAAUACAUGGCUUUUGGCUCUGUUCUCAAAGAAGGGAUACAUGUCCGACUAAGUGGCCAGGAUGUGGAGAGAGGUACUUUCAGCCAUCGUCACCAUGUGCUUCACGAUCAAGAAGUUGACAAGAGAACUUGUGUUCCUAUGAAUCACCUCUGGGAGCAGCAGGCCCCCUACACCGUGUGCAACAGUUCUCUCUCCGAGUACGGGGUCUUGGGUUUUGAACUUGGCUUUGCUAUGGCAAGUCCCAAUGCUCUGGUGUGCUGGGAAGCCCAGUUUGGGGACUUCCACAACACGGCUCAGUGUAUCAUAGACCAGUUCAUCAGCUCCGGCCAGGCCAAGUGGGUUCGGCACAACGGGAUCGUCCUGCUCCUGCCACACGGGAUGGAAGGAAUGGGUCCAGAGCAUUCAUCAGCCAGACCUGAGAGGUUUCUGCAGAUGAGCAAUGAUGACUCUGAUGCCUAUCCAGAGUUCACUGAGCAGUUUGAAGUUUCCCAGCUGUAUGAUUGCAACUGGAUUGUGGUGAACUGUUCAACUCCAGCCAAUUACUUUCAUGUCCUCCGAAGGCAGAUCUUGCUGCCAUUCAGAAAGCCGCUGAUUGUUUUGACACCCAAGUCACUGCUGAGGCAUCCAGAAGCUAAAUCCAGUUUUGAUGAAAUGGUGUCUGGUACCACUUUCCAACGUGUGAUUCCUGAGAAUGGGCUGGCAGCCCAGGCUCCACAUGAGGUCAAGCGAGUGAUUUUCUGCACGGGAAAAGUCUACUAUGACCUAGUGAAAGAGAGAAAGAACCAAGACCUGGAGAAACAAGUAGCUAUAACCAGACUUGAACAGAUCUCACCAUUCCCCUUUGACUUGCUGAAAGAAGAACUUGAUAAGUAUCCAACUGCUGAUCUAGUCUGGUGUCAGGAGGAGCACAAAAACAGUGGAUAUUAUGAUUACGUCAAACCUCGUUUCCGCACUAUUGUGAACCACACUCGACCCAUCUGGUAUGUUGGCCGAGAGCCUGCUGCUGCAGCUGCCACAGGCAACAAGAACAUGCAUCUGGUGUCACUCAGAAGGUUCUUGGAUACAGCUUUCAACCUGGAGGCCUUUGAGGGAAAGACAUUCUAACUGUAGGGCCCUGACCUGUCUCUGACUGGUAGUCUCUCAAAACACCUGCAUCCAGAAGGAAAGUAGGGAGAAUACUGGAAAUUAUGUAUUUUUGCUUUAUCAAAUAAAAGGAUCCAGCAGCUGACUUCAUUA